AUGAGUCUGCAACUGGGCGGAUCCCUGGACCGUGGCAGCCGUGGCCGGAGUGGGCGGGACAAGUGUGUGGGCGGGGCCAUGGGCGGAGCCAGGGGCGGGGCUCCGGCCCGCUGGAGCCGGCGUGAAAUCUGCCUGCUCUCUGCGCUAGUGUUCGCGGCGGGGAUGUGCGUGAUUCUCGGAUGCAUGCUGGCGCUGAAGUUUCUGUCGCUGGAAGCGCAGGAUUCUCAGUGUCGUCAGGAUUGCGUGAAGCGGCGCUCGCUGCUCCGGGCCGCGCGCUUCAUCCAGGGGAACGUCGACCCGAGCGUCCAGCCCUGUCACGACUUCUUCAGCUUCGUUAAAGAAUUUUACCGCUCGUGUAUCAACAUGAAGGAAAUCGAUCGCCUGGGGUCGGGGCCUAUGACUGAAAUCGAUCAGGAGGGUUUGACUCUGCCGGAAAGGACUCUGUAUCUGGGGCAGGAUGAAGACAGUGUGAAGAUUCUGGCAUCUUAUAAAGCGCUGAUGGAAAGAUUGCUGAGCAUGCUGGGAGCUCACAACGCCACGCUGAAAUCUCGAGAGAUUCUGGAUCUGGAAACGAGGCUGGCAAACAUCACUGUGUCUGAAUACGACGACCAAAGAAAGGACAUCAGCAGCGUGUACAACGGAAUAACACUGAAACAGCUGCAGAAAAUGGCUCCAAGCUUCCACUGGAAGCGUUUGUUAGACCGGAUCUUCAAUGAUAAUUUCUCUGAGGAAGAGGAGAUCGUAGUUUUGGCCACUGACUACAUGCAGACGGUGUCGGACAUCAUUAAAACCACGUCUAAACGGGUUCUUCAUAACUACAUGUUGUGGCGUAUCGUGGCGGCGCUGAGCGAGCAUCUCUCCACCGCGUUUCGCAGCACGAUUCACGAGUUCUCACGCGAGAUCGACGGAGGAGAGCGUCAGCUGGAUCUGGAGCGGCUGUGUCUCAAUCAGGCCAACAAACACUUCGGCAUGGCCCUCGGCGCGCUCUUCGUCCAGCAGCACUUCUCCUCCUCCAGCAGAGCCAAGGUGCAGGAGCUGGUGGAGGACAUUAAACACUCGUUAGAUCAGAGACUGCAGGAGCUCGACUGGAUGGAUGAAGAAACCAGAGGCGCUGCCCGAGCGAAGCUGCAGCACAUGAUGGUUAUGACCGGUUAUCCUGACUUUCUGUUAAAGCCUGAGCUUAUCGACGAGGAGUACGGGUUUGAUGUGAACGAGAAAACCUACUUCAGGAACAUCCUCAGCAGCAUCAAGUACAACAUCAAACUCUCCGUCAAAAAGAUCCAGAGAGAGGUGGACAAGACGACGUGGCUUCUUCCACCACAAGCUUUAAAUGCGUAUUACCUGCCAAACAAAAACCAGAUGGUUUUUCCUGCAGGAAUUCUCCAGCCGACUCUCUACGAUCCUGAAUUCCCUCAGUCACUGAAUUACGGAGGAAUCGGAGCGAUCAUCGGUCACGAGCUCACACACGGAUACGACGACUGGGGUGGGCAGUACGAUCGCUACGGCAACCUGAAGCAGUGGUGGACGGAAGAGUCGUACAGGAAGUUUCAGAAGAAGGCGGAGUGUAUCGUCAAACUCUACGAUAACUUCACUGUGUACAACCAGAGGGUUAACGGGCGUCUGACGCUGGGCGAGAACAUCGCUGAUCUGGGUGGACUGAAGUUGUCUUAUUAUGCAUAUCAGAAGUGGGUUCGUGAACACGGGCCGGAGCGUCCUCUGCCGGGACUCAAAUACACACACGAGCAGCUCUUCUUCAUCGCGUUUGCUCAGAACUGGUGUAUGAAGAGACGAUCGCAGUCGAUUUACCUGCAGCUGCUGACGGAUAAACACGCGCCUGAACAUUACAGGGUGAUGGGCAGCGUGUCUCAGUUCGAGGAGUUCGGCCGUGUGUUUCACUGUCCCAGAGGGUCGCCCAUGCAUCCGGUCAACAAAUGCGCCGUCUGGUGAACUUUGACCCCUGAGCGUCUCCUCAUCAGCCCCGUUUCCAUGACGAACCGCCCCGAGCUGCUCCGACGCCACUUGAUGUUUACAGCAUUUGAAGAGUGAUCAGAAAUCAACCUCGUCCUCAUCGUCACGUGCCAUUUUUCAGGCGGAUCUUUCUUUGAAAUGUUUAUUUUUAUAUUCGGAUGCAGAGCGUGGCUGAUGUUUGUACGGCGAGUCAGGUGUGACUGUGAGGAUGAGGUGUGUGUGAGCCGCUGUACAUGUUUUGUCAGACAUGUUUAGUGUUUUUUUAAGUAGAAACGGCUGCUGAACUGACUGUUGUCAGCCUGACAGAGGAGAAAAAUCAAAAAUACAGUGAUUUCACAUUGCCCCUGUGUCGAUUCUGUGGAAACCUGUGUCUGCCAUGGAAAAAAUAUGCAUAAAAAU